AUGAUAAUUCGAGAUACGAAUAGUUUCAUAAAACGAGUGACCUUACGUGAGCACUUAUGUGACUUGCCGAGAACAUCUGGCAGUAAUCUGCCGAAAUUACCUCCAAAUGCGAGAUUCUACAGUCGUUGGAGUCGAAAUCUUCAAAAACUCAUUCUUGCUUCCAAUCGACAUCCGUUGACGCGUUUAAUCUUUCGUAGCCAAGCAGCUGUUGCUUUCGAAAAAAGAAAGCAUUCAAGAUCAACUUAUCGAUGGGUAAUUCAUCCAUCCAUUAACUUCUUUUUUAUUCCUCUAAAUAUACAAAGUAAAAAAUACAUAUAUUUAAACAGACGUUAUGUAAAGGGAUACUUCUUCAUUGAUAUAAUUAGCUCGAUACCAUACGCAUGGUUUUAUCCAAUACGUAUUUUGCCACCUAAUUUGGAUUCGAAUUCUGCAUUGCUUAUCCUCGAAUUUUUGCAUAUUUUGAAGAUAAUGCGUAUACCUACAGUACAGCAAAAUAUUCAACGAAUUAAUACUAAUUUUGAGAUUCCUCAAAUUCAACAAACAACAAUUUGGCUCAUUAUUUUAACAAUAUUGAUUUUUCAUUGGAGUAGCUGUAUAAGUUACGUCUUUCCAUAUAUUGUCAUGCAUGUACAAGGAAAAAAGAUAGAAGAUUCAAAUAUAUAUUAUAUUUCAACAAAACUUUAUGAUAAACCCGAUUGGGAAGUGUAUUUAGUAUUUAUUCAUAUCGGUGUGAGUAAUUUGAUUGGUUCAAAUUUCAUAGAAUUCGAAAGCUUUAAUAUUUUGGACACAAUAAUAAGAUACAUACUUCUACUCCUAGGAAAAGGCUAUAUGAUUUAUUUGAUUGUUACAAUCCUGCAAUUUAUGGAAUCAUCGGCAAAACCAAAACUCAAAUAUCAACGGAUCAUACAUGAAAUAAAAGAAUACAUUCGUCAAAAAAAUCUUCCACCAUAUUUACAACAUAAGCUAAUUUCUUAUUAUGAAUAUCAAUAUCAAGGUAGUUUCUUCAAGGAGAAUAUUAUAUUUGAUAUUCUUUCGGAUCAUUUAAAUCAAGAAAUUUUAUUCUAUAGCACUCAAAGAUUGCUAGACAUACCAAUUUUUUACAACUUACCUCGCAAUGUUUUUGGAGAAUUAAUAAAUUCAUUGAAACCAAUAAUAUAUUUGAAAGAAGAUGUAAUUUACAAAGCCGGUACCGAAGAUGAUUGCAUGUAUAUCAUAUCCAGUGGAACCGUUGUAUUGAUUACGUUCUCUGGGAAAGAAAUAUGUCAUCUUUAUGAUGGAGAUUUUUUCGGUGAACGUAGUCUGAUAUAUCCACAUCAGCAUAGAGAAGAAUCAGUUAUUGCUUUGGAAAUAUGUGAACUAUUUCGUUUGUAUCGUCGAGAUUUCAAGCGUUUGCUAGCCACAAAUUUGGAAUUUUGUCAUACCUUGGAAUACAUCACACAAGAACGUUCACAAAGAAUAAAGAAAUUGGAAGAGAAAAAUCCGAGUGAAACAAUCUAG